UACUCCGCAUCUCAUUUGCGGCGGGGCCAAUUUCUCCCCAUCUACAAACUCUGCUCGAGGAAAAAAAAAAAGGAAAAAAGGAAAAAAAAAAAAAAAACCCGGAUUUCUUUUGCGCCUUCGUUACAUUUUCUCCCCCAAGUGCUCAUUACUCUCAUUGCGGUCUAAAUUUUUUUUUGGGGGGGGAUUUCAGGCUUAUUUCUCGGUUUGUUUCGCGCAAAGAAGGCAAAGCGGCGUGCCUUAAAUUUUGUUUCGGGAGGAAGCUUGCGGUCUUUGUUCAUUCAUUUGAUCGGUUGGGUUCCUUUGUUGGAACAAAAGCAUGGGAGCGCAAAUCUCCAAAACCGCUGGAAAAGACGAAGCCGCGGUGGAAAAGCCGGCAGAAGGAGCAGCUGUUGCGUCGAAGGCGAACGGACAGGAGAACGGGCACGCCAAGACCAACGGAGAUGCCUCUCCUGCUGCAGAGGAUGCCAACAAAGCCGACGUGCAGGCCAAUGGAAGCUCUCCCACUGAAGAGGUGCCAAAAGAAGAAGGUGAGAAAGUAGAGGACGCUGAGGCCCAAGGAGACAAGGAGGCAUCCACCACAAACGGGGAGACCUCUGCCAAGCCAGAGGAAGGUACCCCGUCCACCAGCGAGGACGGCAAGCAGAAGAAAAAACGGUUCUCCUUCAAGAAGCCCUCCUUCAAGCUCAGUGGCUUUUCCUUCAAAAAGACCAAGAAGGAGUCCGAAGAGGCAACCGAGGAGGGGGCGGCCGCUGCGGCAGAACCAGCCGAAGGUGAGAAAUCCACCGAGGCCCCCGCAGAGGAGACCAAGCCGGCUGAGGGGAGCGGAGGGGAAAUCAAGGAGACUGCAGCCGAAGAGGUGAAGGCGGAGGAGCCGAAGGCAGAGCAAGCAGCCGAAGGAGAAGAGAAGCCGGCCAAAGUUUCUCCAACUGAGCCAGAGAUGGCAGCCAGUCCGGAGGCCGCUGCUGCCGCCGAGUAACCCCCUCUGAACGACGCACCGGAAUGAAGGAGACGAUGUAGCCUGUCUGAAGGAACAUGAGGACUUGUCUAAAACCAGGGAAUUUGUUUUUUGUUUUGUUAAUUUUCUCUUUUUUUUUUUUUUUUGUAUAUGUUUACUACUCUGCAACCAUCUCAUCCAUAAUGACUGCAAAGUCCCGAGCAGUGAUGGACAGGAGGUGCAGCAGAGAGUGAUGCUCAUCACUGCUUCUUGGUGCUUGCAUUUGUAACAUGGGUGAGUGUGAAAGUGCAAAAUGUGAGUGGAUUUUUUUUUUUUUCUUUUAAGGUAAUACCAUCACAAACAUGACUGAAUCUUUUUAUUUCCAUAUAUUUAAUCAAAGUAUUUGGUGCUGGGCAAUUGGAUGUAGCAGCUCAAGCUGUCUCUGCAAGAUCUGACACAUUGUGAUAUUUAAAGGGGAGGUCCUUAAGCGAGUCUUAAGUUGUCAUUGCAGUGUACAGUUGUUUACAACUCUCUAAGCUCAACGCUCCUGUGAACACAAACCAUUCCUGAAAUAGAUUUAGCCGUCAAAACGAUGAUUGGUGCUCACCACUUUCCAUUAGAUUCCACUGUUUCAAAAUUCUGUAGUGAUGCACGUUGUAUAGACUUUGAUAUUACUGGUUUUAUGGCUGAGAUGUACCUAAUGACUGAAGUUUUUAACUGAUUACCCAUUGUAAAUGAAGUUUUUUUUUUCCUUUUCUUUUUUUUUUCCCGCCAUUUGUAAGAUUGAAUAAAAUUGGGAGAUGUUUUAAGCAGACUUUUGCAUUAAGCUGUGAUGACUACAACACCACUCUGAAUCCACAAGUCAAAAGCACACAAAGUCAGGAGUUUAGACGCUGUCCUCUACCGGCUUCUCUUUCUGUAUAUAACGAGGCUCACAUUUUUUCAGUAUGGAAUGUAACAUUGCCUGCAAAAACUGGUAACAAGGUGUUGAGUUUGUUUCCUGUGAAUUCUGAAGAAUAAAACGAUGAAGUGUGAUGAA